UUCGUGGCCGAGCCACUCCGACCAAACACCACGUGGCACGCGUCCGAGUUGCACGUGCAUUCGCGGAGCUGCGGGAGCCCGGUGCGCGCGCGAGAACGGGCGCUUGCGAGAGAGCUUGCGAAGGGGUCGAAUCCCUCUGUGUCUCCUCCCCUCUCUCUUUCUCUUUAUUCUCCUUUGAUUGCUCUUUAUACCUUGCGACGCGUUUCAUAUAAAUGACUGAUCGAGUCAUUGUCAUGUUGCACUAUUGUGACGUGAAGAUUUAAUUGUGCUUUGAGAAACCUGCUGAGAUCGACGUCUUUCAUCUUCACUGAUAAUCAAGAGUUACUGGCAAAGACGAAGAUUUCAACGAGUUACGGACGAGGCGAUAAAAUGACUAUGGAUGGGAGCAAGAGCGAACCGGGCAAGAACGGGGCCACUCAACAGGAAUGCGCGGGUUGCGGAAAGGCGAUUACGGAGAGAUAUCUACUGAAAGCAUUGGACAUGUAUUGGCACGAGGACUGCUUGAAAUGCGGCUGCUGCGACUGCAGGCUUGGCGAAGUUGGCUCGACGCUUUACACCAAAGCUAAUCUCAUCCUCUGCAAGAGAGAUUAUCUACGGCUCUUCGGAAAUACCGGUCACUGCGCGGCGUGCAGCAAAGUCAUCCCAGCUUUCGAGAUGGUGAUGCGCGCAAGGACCAAUGUUUAUCACUUGGAGUGCUUCGCUUGUCAGCAGUGCAAUCACAGAUUUUGCGUGGGCGACAGAUUUUAUCUCUGUGAUAACAAGAUCCUCUGCGAGUACGAUUACGAGGAGAGAUUGGUUUUCGCCAAUAUGGCUUUACAUCCGCCGCCAACCGCGACCCUGGCACACAUCAAGAGACAAGUGACGCACCUUCAGCCGCAGAACGUAGCGGGCGGCCCUCAGCGGCAGGCGAACGGGGAAGCGGCGGCCCAUAACCACAACGGAUAUCCACCGCCAGCCAGCACGAGCGCCCAUAACGUCCUGAACCCCAUGAAUAAUUUAAACGGUAUCAAUGCGCAAGCAUCGUACGACGCCAAAUGACAAACGAAGUAAGCGCCGAUAUAUUCGAUAUUGAGUCGCGCGCGCAAAAGGGGAGGCUCGACCGCGUCGUCGUGUGCGUCGUUCUCAUUGUCUUCGUGGUUUAUUUACCGCGCCUGAUCGUCCGAAUCGUCGUCCUAACUUUACGCACGCGACCCCGCGCCAGAUCCCGCAUAAUCGGAUAGACCCUUAAACCCUAUCGAGAAGAAAAAAGGGAGGUGUCGUCAAGUUAUCGCGAGCAAAAAAAAAAAGAUGUUACCGCGUACAGAUAUGUAUUAUAUAAUCGCAUUGAAACGGUUGGCUACUUCGUGUGUCAUGAUCGGAGAUCGAUCGAGCGAAGCUUGAAGUUUAUGUAAAUAGAAGGCAACCGUAAAAAUUGCAUGCCGGCGUACCGCUGACACCGCGCGGGUAAGCGGCGUAGGAGAAUUCAAAUUUGUAAUUUGAUAAAAUAUAAAACAAUUAACGAUAACCGAUAUAUCGUCUCGUCAAAUUGAAAUUGACAUCUUCCGAUAAAUGACGAGAUAACUGACAACACUGCUAUUUUUCUCCUACGCCACCUUAGAUAUCGUUUAGCGAAUGCGUAUUUCCCGGACGAAAUUAUUAUUCCGUCUCCUCGAGUAGAUUCUCUCUCUAAUAUAAGAUAGAACGUGAGGGAAGAAUAUAUAAAUAUAUAAAUCCAAAAUGCGUCUUUCGUUCUAGCAUCUAAUUAGAUUCAUGUAUCCGAAGAACGAGAAUUCGUCUUCCCCACGCUCGACUGGCUAGACGAUAAAUAAAGUAGGUAGACAGUUAAAAAUAGAGAUAAGUAGAUAGAUAGCUAACGGAACGUAUAAUAUAUUGGCCAGCUACGGCGAACUAUUGGUGCUCUUUAGAUUAUAAUUGAUCGAGUUUGCAUGAUUCAAAUCGGACUGCUAAAGGAACAGAUAAGAUCGAGCAGGAGAAACCAGAAACUAGGACUUGCGUCAUAGAAUUUUUACGGGCUAGAGAGACACUUUCCGUCGCGAUCCUUUCCGGAUCCUUUAUCCGCCUUUGUUGAGAAGAUCCUAUGGCAAAUCUACGCGUAUGUAUCAAGCGAUUCAGCGAUCGGUGCAGGAUAUAUCUUCACAGCAAUCGGCGUGUCAUGAACCGAAACUCGAAACUUCGGGACGGUAAAUAAAGUUUGGCGUCGCGCAUUUAACGGUCGCCUCGGUCACCGAAGGGGGUGUCUCGGUGAGCAGACACACGGGAUGACCCUCGGAGGACCCUCCUCCUGCCGGACGAGCUUCGAGAACGAGAUCGAAUCGAGAAAGCGGCGCGGUUCUGCAGCACCAGUAGCAGCACCAGCAGCAGCAGCAGCAGCAACCGCUCGCAAGCUCGCCACCCCAUGGGGCUCAUACGUUAGGGGUGACUUAAGCAUUGUUUCAACUUCGAAUCUCCCGGCAGAGGCCCAGAUUGAUGUCGCGAACUUUUCCGCUGCCUUAUUUGCGAGUCAGAUAACGAGACUGAGUUAUAUCCAAAGUUCUCUCUUGAUCUCUCUCUUUCUCCGGCCCGGCCCGUGCUGAUCGUAUCGGAUCACGAGGAAUACCCGCAGUCGAGGAGGCUGUUUUAUUUCCUCCCUCUUCGGGGAUUCGCCGCUGAUGCCAAAAGUAUCUAUACGUCGAACGGUAAUAGGCUAGCAGCUGCGCCGAGAAAAACUGCUAAAGACUAAUCCGCGAGAAACGCGAUCCUUGCGGUUUUCACUCCGGUCGCAAGUAAGAAGAAAGAUCUUUGUUGCUCGCGAUUGGCGAAAGGAGGCAAUAAUUAUUGUUGAUUAUUGACGGCAAGAGGAUUUAAGAAAUAAAUAUUGUAACCGUAACUCCGCGAAAUUAAAUUGGGGUUGACCAUGAGUUUAUUGUUAACUGCGUUAACGAAUAUUUUUUUAUAUUAUAUUAUUUUCUUAUGUUUUAUAUAUAUAAUAUAAUAAACAAUUUUAUGGGAACGUAACUAUAUAAAUAACUUAGUUCUUCAUUUCUUAUAUGUAAUCGUAUCUUAUGCAUAGUUUUAUAAUGUGUAUGUAAAUAAUAAACGGUCGCAUCUUUUGGACUAUUAUAAAUAAUCCUUAAAGUAUCAUCAUGAGUAUUUCGUAUUCAUUCCAUCUUUGGAAGUUUCUUAAAGUUUCGAAAGUAAUUAAAUUACACUACAUUUUAUUUUUUCCAAAUAAAAAAAAUGUACUUUUUGGAAAUGCGUUCAUAAAUUUUGGGAGAAAUUUUUUUUUAAUCACCUUAAAUAAAUAAAUAAAAAAAACGAAAUCGAGAUACUCAUGAUGGUACCAGGAAGGUACUUUUUUCACAUGGUACCUUAAGGGAUAAUAUUAUAUAUAUCAUAACAUAAUAAAGUUAACGAGUGCCAAUUUGUCAGCGCACUUUUCUUCGCAAAAUGACAGCAUCAAAUACAGCAUUUAUUUCAAUCUGCCAAAAUUGACUUGAAAAUCAUCUCAAAUUGAAGAAAGAACUAUACAUGCCGACUUGCAUUUUAUAUUUUCGUACUACACGAGUCUCCACACAGGUUGCAUCCGCCGUCGAGCGCGUUAAAGUCGCCCGAACUGAACUGGACGAUUCCUUUCGACAUUCAAACGAUACUUCAAACGCGAACAAAUAAUUCUCCCGUGGAAUGUACGGCGAUCUAAGAAUAAAACCAACAUAGUUCCUAAACGCGAAAGGUCUUCGACGGAAGCGACCGCGCGAUCGCGAUAUAUAGAGAGAGAGACAGCACAUUUGUACCGUACGCGACUAUCGAAUGAACCAGGCGUUUAACAAAGCGCAGCCAGCGCGCGCGAGCACAUCGGAGCCCUUUUGUACAUUGUAUCCCACGGUAUCGCUUUCUAAAUCUCCCCCUCCCCCCCCGCUCCCUCCCGCGUAAAUCCCGGGCCAUUAUAUACGCAUCCAGUAGCUGCAUCACUGCGCUUGGAUCACGAUAACGAAAGAACCGAGGUCAUUUAAUUAAUUAAGGAAGUGUGUACGUUCGCUAGUAUGUAGAUACGUUUUGUAUUUAUAGUUCUAUCAUAGAGGUAUUAAUAAAAAUUUGUUUCGAUGUUAUGCAAAACGCAAA